UCUUUAGAAGGCUUCCGGGCGGAAACAGCUACCGAAAGCAAGGCUACACGCUGAAGAGGUCGUAGUAAACACACACCGGAUUGAUGCACUGAAUAUAUUUAUUAAGUUAUUUAGAAGUGUAAGAAGAGGUUCUUCCUACAUGCUGCUGUGCCGGGUUUCCGCUUUAGCGAGGCGGGGACUGGGUGCGCGGAGAGUCGCCGCGCUCCGGCCCGCUCUCUCCUUCAGUUCCGCCGGGGACGCAACGGCCUCUACCGAGGCUGGAGCUCAGACUCCCGGGGAAUACCGACACACCGUGCAGCUCCCCCGCACAGACUUUCCCAUGAAGCUCAGCGGGCAGAAACUGCUGGAUCUCGAGCUGAAGAUACAACAGGAGAGUGGUUUUGACCAGCUGUACACGUGGCAGAGACUGAGAAAAGCCAAGAAGGAGUUUUGCCUCCACGACGGACCGCCCUACGCCAACGGAGACGCCCACGUCGGCCACGCCCUCAACAAGAUCCUGAAAGAUAUCCGCAACCGGUUCGAGAUGCUGCGAGGGAGGAAAGUGAGCUACGUACCCGGCUGGGACUGCCACGGUCUUCCCAUCGAGCUCAAAGCCCUGGGAGAACUCGACGCCACACACCUGAGUCCUCUACAGAUCAGACAGAAAGCUCGGGAGUUUGCGGAAUCGGCGGUCGCGAGUCAGCGUGCGGCGUUCGAGCGCUGGGGCGUCAUGGCCGACUGGGAGAACUGUUACUACACGUUUAACGGGCCGUACGAGGCGGCGCAGCUGCGCGUCUUCCAGGACAUGCACGGCAAGGGUUUGAUUUAUCAGGACUAUAAACCCGUCUUCUGGUCUCCGUCAUCCAGGACAGCGUUAGCAGAAGCAGAGCUGGAGUAUAACUCCGAGCACGUGAGCACGGCAGUGUACGCUACGUUCCCUGUAAACACAUUCCCGCCUAAACUAGCGACGAGCUUAGGGGAGAUGGGUAAAGUGUGUGUGCUUGUGUGGACAACACAACCGUGGACGAUUCCAGCCAACCAGGCAGUGUGCUUCAUGCCCAAGGCACAGUACUCUUUAGUGAAGAGAAGUGAUAACGAGCAGCUCCUCCUGGUGGCCACUGAGCGCAUUGCAAACCUCAGCACUGUACUGAGCACCGAACUACAAAACCUGGCCACAUUCACAGGCGCUGAUCUGGAGGGCGGAGUCUGCCAACAUCCCACAAUUCCCGGAAAGGAGGUGCCCCUCUUGCCAGCCAAUCAUGUGACCAUGGCUAAAGGAACCGGAUUGGUCCAUACAGCUCCUGCUCAUGGCAUGGAGGACUACAGCGUGGCCUCUCACUUUAACCUGCCUGUGGAGUGCAUGGUGGAUGAGGAGGGCAGGUUUACAGAGGCGGCCGGGGCUGACCUACAGGGGCAGAGUGUGCUGGAGGAGGGAACCUCGACAGUGAUCUCGAUGCUGCGCUCUGCUGGAGCGUUGCUGAAGGAGGAGUCGUGUGUACACAGUUACCCGUACGACUGGCGCAGUAAGAAGCCGGUGCUGAUCCGAGCCAGCAAGCAAUGGUUCAUAAACACGGCCGGCCUGAAAAACGCGGCUAAGGAGGCGCUGCAGAAGGUGCGCGUGAUGCCCGAGUCGGCCCGGGCGAGUCUCUUGGCGAUGCUGGACAGACGGACGUACUGGUGUAUCUCGCGUCAGAGGAGCUGGGGCGUCCCCAUCCCCGUCUUCUACCACAAGCAGACCGGAGAACCUCUCGUCAACAAGCACACGGUGGCUCACGUCGCCAGCGUGUUCGCAGAGAAAGGAAGCGACAGCUGGUGGGUGGAGCCUCUGGAAACGCUACUUCCUCCCGACGUACUGAAGAAGAGUAAAGCCGGAGCCGUGACAGAUUACGUGCGAGGUGAGGACGUGUUGGACAUCUGGUUUGACAGCGGGACGUCCUGGGCUGCUGUGCUACAGGGUGAGGAAGGCGAAGACAGAGUCAAACGGGGCUGGUUAAGCAAACAAGACGCAGACCCGAGGGCGGACGUGUACGUAGAAGGGAAGGAUCAGAUCGGCGGCUGGUUCCAGUCGUCUCUACUAACGAGCGUGGCUGUGCGCAACAAAGCACCUUAUAGGGCGUUGGUGGUCCAUGGAUUUGUACUCAGUGAGAAAGGAGAGAAAAUGUCCAAGUCCCUGGGAAACGUCGUCGACCCCAACGUUGUCAUUAAUGGAGGAACGGAUUCGGCCCUUUCUCCUCCGUACGGUGCAGAUGUGUUGAGGUGGUGGGUCGCAGAGUCCAACGUUUUCUCUGAGGUCCAGAUCGGACCCAAAGCACUGAACGCAGCCAGGGAGAACAUCAACAAGCUGAGGAACACUCUGAGGUUCUUGCUGGGGAACCUGCAGGGGUUCGACCCUCGCAGUCAUGCUGUGGACUCCAAAGACAUGCACUACAUCGACCAGUACUUACUGCACCUGCUCCGAGAGUACAGCAUCAAGGUAACCGACGCCUACAGCGAGUUUGACUGCGGUCGAGUGAUUCGCCUUCUGCAGGCCUUCAUCACCCGAGACCUGAGCAGCUUCUACUUCAGCAUCAUCAAAGACAGGCUGUACUGUGACGCGGAGAACUCGUUGGGCAGGAGGUCGUGUCAGACGGUUCUCGAGGAGAUUUUAGAUGGCGUGACGCGCUCCAUCGCUCCUAUCCUGCCUCACCUGGCGGAGGAGGUGUACCAGCAUGCGCCAGGGCACGACGAAGGCGAGACUCUGUUCCGGAGCGGAUGGAUUAAAAGCAGCUCUGUGUGGAGGAAACCCGGGUUGGAGGAGGCUGUCGAGGGGGCGUGUGCUAUCAGAGACUCCUUCCUGUCCUCCAUCCCAGGAUGCAAUGCGGUCGAGUACGACCUGACCAUCGCAAUCGAGCCCGGCCUCUUCUUCGAGCUCAUGGAGUCCCUGCAGGAGGAACCCACGUCGACAUGUUCCCAGCUGACGGAGCUGAUGAUGGCGUCGCGCACCACGCUGACCGACGCUCUGCCGCGAGACCUGCCGUCUGACGCCAUCAUCAGCAACGGGAGCUUCCUCAUCAACCUGGAGGGUGGCGUUAUCCGUGAAGAGAGCGCGUACUCCGUAGCCGCAGUCCCCAUCUCUCUGUCCCGCUGCCCUCGGUGUCGCCGCUACACCUCGGACACGCCCGACUGCCUGUGCUCGCGGUGCCAAACCGUCAUCGGGAACGCCCCAUGAGACUGCUUCGCUUUCCCAGCUCCGCCCAAUCUAUAAGAAACCACAGAACGCUCAUUACCUGUACCUCCCGAGGCCGACCGGAACUUGAACGCAGCGCGUGUUUGCGUAUAGCAGUGGUUUGUUUUGUUAGCGCCCUCUGGGUCUCGGGAGGAGAAAUGGCAAUUGUAAUGCCCCAGAACUGACCACGCCCACUCUAGCACUAAAGCGACUCAUUUCCAAGGGCACUGAGUACUUCUGCAGGCCUGAUGUGUGUACAUUGUUUGUUUGUGCAUGUAUGACAGGCAGAAGGAUAAUGCAAGAGCCUGUAAUUUAAAAAAAAAGGACUUAUUUUUGUUGUUGUAUCUAAAUAUAUGGGGUUUAUGAAGAGUGGACAGAGAAAGUGAUCUUUAACCUCGAGAGUGCUUUCGUUCUUCUGACUGUUCAUCUGUAAAUGACAAACUGCUUUGUACUGAACGGCCGCUUUUCCUUCACACGAAUCGACCGAAAUAAAAAGGCAAAAAAGCAA